UGCUGCUUCUUGGAAACUUCCUCUAAUCCAAGACACCUGUUUUCUCUCUUUCUCCAUUGCGAAAUCAGACAACACACUCACACCCAAUUUUCAAUUCUUGAGGUUCUCUCUCUCUCUCUACCCUUUCUCUCUCCUGCCCAUUUCUACCUUAAACUUUGCAUGUUUGAUUUCCACCCUUGAAGCAACAAUUUUGGAGUUUGUGGGUACAGUUGGUUUGGGAUCAGUUCAAUUGUAAUAAGAAGGGGUUUCUAAUUCUUCUAUUUUUUGGGAUUUGUGUGUAUUGUCUGCCUUCACAUGUUAUUACAUUGAGGCAUUUUGUAUUAUUGUGUUCUAAAGAUGGGAUCUGCGGACGAAAAGUUAGGUCUUGAUUCGGACGAGGAGACACCACUAAGUGCAUCUCAUCCGAAAACUAAAAUGCAGCCAAUGAGCUGCGAGACAUCUCAUAUUUUAGCUCAUCCCAAGUUUUCCGCUUCGUGGGUCUUACGAAAGGUUCAUAGAAUCAGUAUAUUAAGGAGCGUAUACAUUGUCUUGCUUAAGGCAAAGAUCAACGUAUUGCUUCCUUUCGGUCCACUUGCAAUAACACUACACUAUCUUACUAGGAAACAGGGAUGGGUCUUUUUCUUUAGCUUACUCGGUAUAACUCCUCUAGCCGAGCGCCUUGGUUAUGCAACCGAGCAACUUGCGUGGUAUACGGGGCCGACAGUCGGUGGCCUUCUAAACGCCACAUUCGGAAAUGCGACGGAGAUGAUAAUUUCUAUGUAUGCGUUGAAGAACAAUAUGAUUCCGGUUGUUAAGCAAUCAUUGCUUGGAUCAAUCUUAUCGAAUAUGCUUUUGGUGCUCGGGUGUGCCUUCUUCUGUGGUGGGGUGGUUCAUCGUCGGAAAGUCCAGUACUUCAAUAAGGCCACGGCGCUUGUGAACUCCGGGCUGCUGCUAAUGGCUGUUAUGGGAUUGUUAUUUCCGGCAGUUCUGCACUUCACUCAUACGGAAGUACACAAGAACCAGUCGGAGAUUGCUCUUUCACGAGUUAGCAGCUGUAUAAUGCUGGUAGCUUACGCUAGCUAUCUUUUCUUUCAGCUUAAGAGCCAGCAGAAUCUGUAUAGUCAUCUAGAUGAGGCAACAGAUAAUAGUACAGACGAUUGUGAUGAAGAAGAGGUUCCCGAGAUUAAUCAAUGGGAAGCUAUAGCAUGGCUUGCUAUUAUAACUUUGUGGAUAUCUAUUUUGUCUGGAUACCUUGUUGAUGCUAUACAGGGAGCUUCUGAUUCGAUGAAAAUGCCCGUUGCCUUUAUAAGUGUUAUUUUGCUUCCAAUCGUGGGCAAUGCUGCGGAGCAUGCAAGUGCUAUAAUGUUUGCAAUGAAAGAUAAGCUUGAUAUCACUCUUGGGGUUGCAAUUGGAUCAUCUACUCAGAUAUCCAUGUUUUUGAUUCCAUUUUGUGUAAUAGUCGGUUGGAUCAUGGGGAAGCCCAUGGAUUUGAAUUUCCAAUUGUUCGAAACUGCUACAUUAUUUAUCACAGUGUUGGUGGUGGCAUUUAUGCUUCAGGAAGGACAAUCGAACUAUUUUAAAGGUUUGAUGCUCACUCUGUGCUAUCUAAUUGUGGCCGCUAGUUUCUUUGUGCAUGAAAAUCCAUCGCCAGAUGAUGAUUGAGGACAUGUAAGAAGCUGACGGCUUAUCUAUAGUUUUUCCGAUUGGCAUUGGCCAUAUGUUGGGAUGUGGGGUUCGUUGGCAGAAGAGCCUUUUCUUGGUUGAUAUCUGUUAACAAGAACUUAUGGUUUCAUAAGUUUCAUGUAUCUGUGUAUCAUUAUAUCGAAACCAGGUCCCAAUGAAAGCUUAAAGAAAGCUGAUUUUUGGUUCUUUGUAGCAAUCAAGUAUUUGUAAUCUCAAGAUAAGUUGAAAUCAGCUCGAAUUACCUACUUCAUAUUUGUCUUUGUUUCUUUUGCAAGAUCGAGCUGAGGGGUCUUAUCAAGUCCAUUAAAUCUCUACAUUAGAGUUGGGAUGAUGGUUUAUAUGUAACAGACAUUGACAAGAAGCUUAGGCCUCUGUAUCACUAUUUCUAUAAUGAUUCUUGAUAGUGUGUGA